AUGGCAUCACAGAUCGAAAAACUGAAAUCAAAAGCUAAUGAUGCUUUUUCUGAAGAAAACUAUGAUGAAGCCAUUAACUUGUAUACACAAGCAAUAGCACUUGACGGAAAUAAUCAUUACCUCUAUAGUAAUCGAUCAGCUGCUUACAUAAAAGCUUAUAAAUAUAAAGAAGCAUUGAAAGAUGCAGAACAAUGUCUUAAACUUAAAUCGGAUUUCGUUAAAGGUUACUCGCGGAAAGGUGCAGCAUUAUUACUUCUUAAAAGAUACAAAGACGCAAUUAAUACUUAUGAGGAAGGUCUUAAAAUCGAUCCAAAUAAUGAAGUCUUAUUCAAUGAUCUUGAAACAGCACGAAAAGCGGCCACUAAAGAAUCAAAAACUCCGAACAUGAAUCAAAAUUCAUCUUUAUCAAUCUACGUUUGUAAAGGUGAUCUAAUAACACAAAAGACUGAUGUUAUUGUCGUAUGUUCCUCAUCGAAAUUUUUAUUUGAGAAAAUUUGUAAAGCUGGUGGAAAAUCUGUGUUAGCUUCCUACAAAUCACAGUUUAAAAAGUCUCCAAAUUCUGUCAUAUCUGUUCAAGCAGACGGAGAACUUGCAUCAAAAAAAAUUUAUUUUCUUUCGUGGACAGCUGAUGCUGAUACAUCGAUCCUUCGUGAAUCAAUUGAGAAAUUUGUUUCGGAUGCUUUUGAAAAAGCAGUAGAAGAGAAUCAACAAAGCAUAGCAUUUCCAGCUAUCGGUUGUGGUCAAUUCGGAUGUUCAGUCGAUCUUGUUGCACAGACAAUGAUUCGAGAAGUUCAUCGUAAACAACAAGAGCAUGACAUAUCUGUUACAUUUGUAAUACAACCAGAAAGAACUGAUAUUUAUGAUGAAUUUCAAAAUCAAAUUCAAUUAUUAGAAGCCGAAAGAUCACCGAUUAAUUUGAAAACAAUGUCUGCAACAGUUAAAAAAGGAGUAAUCGAAAUUGAACAAGGAAACAUAAUCAAACAGAAGGUAGACGUUAUUAUUGGUACGUCAUCAUCAGUGUUCUUAAGACAAGCCAUAACAGAAGCAGCUGGAAGUGAAGUUGAAAAAGCUUAUAAGAAAGAAUUAAAAAGUCAUCCAAAUUCUACAUUAAUCGCAGUGUCUUCAGGCGCUUUAUCUUGCAAACAAAUAUUCUUUGUCCAAUGGGAACCUAAUGAUGAUGAAGAGAUACUUCGACAGUCCAUUAUUGAUCUUAUAUCUACUGUUGUACAGAACAUGAUAUCACAUAAAUUUACAUCGGUUGCAUUUCCAGCCAUUGGAUGUGGAUUACAUGGUUGCUCGACACAAAUUAGAGAUUUACCUUGGAAAAUAAAAUUUGUUGUCCAACCUGAUCAAGAGAAUAUUUAUGAUGAAUUUUGCAAAGUAUUAAUAACUCAUGAUGGUAAGAUGAAACAUUUCUUUAAAUCGAUUAAAUUUGAUUGCGCAACAUAUGAAAUAAAUUUCGAGCUUCUCUGUCAGAAGAAAAAUUUCAAUAUUCGCAUCAUAUUUAUAGUUCUUACUUAUAGCAAAUAUUUAACUAUCUAGUUUUUGAAUAUAAUCAUUUUCUUCCUCUAAGUGUUGUUAUCGUCGAACUUUGUACCGUUAGCUCCCUAGAUAAGAGGAUAGUUAUGUUUAUGUUAAACGAACCUUUCCGAAUAGUUGGUAUUCAACCUGACACCGACCAUAUAUUUCGAUCAUAGUACAGCUAAAAUGUUUUAGGAAUCAAGACCCCUUAAUUCGCAGCACGAAAUCGUCUUAAAUGUAAUAUCCUAUAUAAAUUUAUAUCGAAUAAAUAGUGAAAUGUUGAUCAGACUAGAGAAAUUUUAAAACGAUUCUGACUAAAUGACAUUUCAAAUGGUUUCUCAAAAUUUUCGACUCAUUUUUUAACUGUUCACCUAAAAAUCAACUAAUUGAAUGUCGACCUGAAAAUCGGUUUAUAGAGACAUAGACUGACUCUCAGAAGAUUCUAACAAUUUUAGUGAAAAAGACUAUUCUUUUGUCGUGCUGUAGAAUGAUCAAAGAUAGUUAUCUCAUAAAAGUUGAGUUUGUAUCAAAAUGCUGUGUCUUGAGAAAGGAACAUUCUAUUAGAAGUUUCACAGAAUCAUUCAAGAGUGAAAAAGCAGACUGCUGUACGUCUGUAGCGCAGAAGUCUGAUUUCUUCCAUUAGAGCCAUUGUAUAUAUUUCUAAAUUCCAGUAAUUCAACUUUCUAUAAAUAUAUCUCUGUGGAAGGAAAAGUGUUACACGAUCUUUUUAAUAUAUCAUCACUAUAAAUUAAAGUUUUGAGAAAAGUAAUUGUAUAUUCAGAUAGCCCGUGGAAUUCUCUACAACUCAAUAUAUGUACGCUUUGAAUUGCA